GAGUCUCUCUCCGAGUUUGUGCCUCCUCUGGCCCUCAAGCUGGCUCUAGAGUGCGCUCAGGUGGCCAGUGCGUGUGGACUGGAGCCCAUCGCCUAUGACCUCUCACCCUCGCGUUUGUCAUCUAUGAGGAGGAGAUCUCGGACUCCAAGGCGCAGGUGACUGCGCUGCACUUGAUCAUAGGAACGCUGCAGCGCUGCCACGUCUUCUCAGAAGAGAACAGAGACACGCUCACACACAAGGCCACAGGGUAUUCUGCCAAGCUGCUAAAGAAAGCAGACCAGUGCCGCGCUGUAUGCGCCUGUGCACACCUGUUCUGGAGCGACGAGGAGGAUGGGCCCAGGGAUGGCGAGAGGGUGGUUUUGUGCUUGAAACGGGCGCUCAAGAUUGCCAACGCAGCGGCUCAGCAGCUCUCUGCCGCUGCUAGAGUGCCCGGUUCCCAUGUCGUGCUGUUAGUGGAAAUCCUCAACAAGUACCUGUACUUCUUUGACAAGGGCAACCCCACGUGACCCCUGUGGUGCUCCAGGGGCUCAUAGAGCUCAUCAACUCCGAGCUGGCCAUGGACGGCGCUACAGUGGAUGCUACAGUGCACGGUUUCUAUCGUGCCACACUCGCGCAUAUCAGGGAUCAGAAGCACAAGGCGGGUGCUGUAGGGGAGAAAUACUCAGAGAUCCAGAUAUGAGAUGGUAGGAGUGCUACAGUGGAUGCUACAGUGCACGGGUCCUAUUCCGGCGCAUCUUAGAGGUCAGGAGGAGCACAAACUAAGUAGGGGUUGGUAUUCAAGAGAUUCAAAUAUGAUUGGAUGUUUGUAUUAAAAAAGGUAUAUGUCCUUAUGUAAAAAAACCCUUCCUGUAGU